AUGGGCUGGUUCGAUGAUGACUCCCACCCUGCUCAAGCCUACGAAGAGGUGACCCAGCGUCCCCACGAGGCCAAGUGGUCACAUGAGCUCAUUGGUGGCGCUGCUGCUUAUGAAGCUGCUAAGGCCUACGAGGAGCAUUCUGCUCGCAACGGAGAGCCAGACAGCCACGCCAAGGCCAAGGAGUUUCUCGCCGGUGCCAUCGGUGCCUUUGUUGACCGAGAGGUUGAGACUCGAGGACUGGACUUUAUAGAUAAGGAGGAGGCCAAGCGUCACGGCCAGCGUCACGCGGAAGAGCAGCUUAACCAGAACAGCAACUGGUAG